AAAGCUUCUUUUCCAAUUUAUUCUAACCACAAUGCAAUGCUCGCUUCAAAGUUCAAAUUCCUCUUUCUCUGUUCGUCGUAGCAUCACUUGAAUUCUCUGCUCAGAGGAGAAGGUAGAAUAACUAUUUCUCAAUCAAAACUGGGGCAGCUCCUGAAUUUUCUAUUGCAAUUUUCUGGAGUGUAUGAAUAAUGGGAUCAGCUUGCUGUGUUGCUGCGAAGGGUCGCAGUGUACCUGAAAGAACUGGAGAGAAAGGUUUGCAUCGAGCUGGAUAUUCACCGAAAUGUGGCUCUGGAUUGAAUGGUAAUCAUGUGCCUAUCACCAGGGAGAACGAGAAUCCCACCUGUCAGAACUCUCACUUGACUAGCAGAAAUGUGAGCAUGGAAUUUAAAGGUCCAUUAAGUUCUGAAAGAGGUCAUUCAUCAGAUGGAGGAAGCACCCUGGAGAAUUCUGCAACUCCAAUAUCUCAGAAGUCCCCUUUUGAUGACACAUUUGUUCCAAAUCUGAUAGCUACUCCAUCUGAUCUGUCCAUAUCAAGCAAAUUUUCUAUGAUGAAUUCUGUAGACUCUUCAAUUCCGAAUCAUUCAUUUCCAAUUCCUCCGGUUUUCUCGUCGCCUGCACUAGAUCAUCAUUCUAAUUCUACACCAUCAAGACGGGCACAUCGAUCUCCAGGUCAUCCACUAUUGAGACAGAUUUCAGAUAGUCAGAUCUUGGGUCUGAAAUCACCGGGCUACUCGAUUUCUGAGGGAAGGCCAUCAUUUGUAUUCUCCCCCUGUAGCAAUGAAAUGGCAACAGGAUCCCUAUAUGGAUCAUCCGAUGGCUGGUCCAUGCGCACCUUUUCAGAGAUGGUGGCUUCUUGAAUAUUUAGGAUCCGGUCGUCACAAGAUAAUUGGAUCCAGCAGCAGCAGGUUCUUGCAUUCUCCCUCAAUGGAUCAACAAUCUUGUCCAGCUUGCGCGAGGCCUUUGACCGAACUACCAAAUUUUGUUGCCAGAAGUGAUGUCUCAUGUGUUGCUAUCCUUGUGUGUGGCCAUGCAUAUCAUGCCGAAUGCUUAGAAUCUAGAACUGCCGAGGCAAACAAGUUUGAUCCAGCAUGUCCAGCUUGUAUCGUCGGAGAUAAUCACUCGUCAAAGUCAUCCAGAAAAGAUAUUAGGGUCGAAUCAGAGACUUCUAAGGGAAAGCACCAGAAGAUAUCUCGAAGCCGUGUAGCUGAUAGCUACCUUGAAUCUGAUGUCAAUGUUUCCGAACCACAGAAAGACAUUGAAAGAAUAGGGAAAGUUUCAAAGAUGGAGCCGAGCUCAAGUACUAGGAGCACACAUGGAAAGCCGUUCUUGAAGAAGCACUUUUCGUUUCGGUCCAAAUCAAAUCGAACCCUGCCAGAGAAUGAUACUGCAAGGACAAAGGGCUUUUGGGGAAGACACCGAAAAGAAUGAAAGGCAGUAAAAAAGAAUGGGUUCCCAUUUCUUUGCGAGUCAGCAGCUAAUUAUAGGAGUAAUAUUAUAACCCCAUCAGAUUUUUGAGUUUCAAUAUUUUUUACAUAAUUAACUUCACUGAUGAUUUUAAAUCUAUGUUAUAUAAAAGUUGAUAGCAAGCUAUUAGAGUGGAAUGAAGUUUGUGAAGUUGCUCAUUUUAAUAAUAAGACAGGACCAAAUAUAGUUACAAAUGAAGUCAUAUGUCUCUGCAUUGAACAGGAAACAAACCCCGCACAAACACACAAAGAGCAUGCUAACUGAAUUGAAGAGCUAUCCAAAAAGA